CGCCUGAAGAUAGCCUUUGUGAUAUUUAAAUGUGUGGGUUAAUUUUUUAUCUACUUUAAUACCUGGGUCUUUUUUUUCCGCCUUGGCUUUCUAUUUCUGCUCUGGAGCUGUGAGUACAGGAUCUCUGCAGGCAAAUUACUCCAGAGCAUAUUGGAGGACAAUCCUAUAACGAACAGUUGAAUUCACGGCAUCUGGGUUCUUGUUUCUUUCCUGAAAUGGCAGGUGUGAGUGGCUGUAUAAAAUAUUCUAUGUUUAUCUUCAACUUCUUCUUCUGGGUAUGUGGUACCUUGAUCUUGGCAUUAGCAAUAUGGAUACGAGUAAGUGAAGAUGGUAAAGAGAUUCUCACUUCUUCUGGGGACUCUAGCGCCAAUCCCUUUGUUGCUGUGAAUAUCUUGAUUGCUGUGGGCUCCAUCAUCAUGGUUCUGGGUUUCCUGGGAUGCUGUGGUGCUGUGAAAGAAAGCCGCUGUAUGCUGCUCUUGUUUUUCAUAGGUUUGCUCCUGAUCCUGCUUCUGCAGGUGGCAGCAGGAAUCCUAGGAGCUGCUUUCAAAUCUGAGUCCAGUCGCAUUCUGAAUGAAACUCUCUAUGCAGAUGUAAAACUUUUGAGUGAAACAAGUGAUAAUGGAAAAGAAUUCCGAGAAGCUCUGACUUUGUUUCAAAAAGAGUUUCAAUGCUGUGGUUUGGUCAAAGGAGCUGCUGAUUGGGGAAAUAAUUUUCAGCAAAUUUCUCAGUCAUGUAAAUGUACAAAUAACGUGCAAAAUUCUUGCAUACAGUAUGAGAGUACAUUUGUUUACAAUCAGACAUGUCUUUCUUUGAUAAAAGAUUUAGUGGAAAAACACAUUAUCAUAGUAAUUGCAAUUGCAUUUGGAUUGGCAGUUAUUGAGAUACUUGGUUUGGUGUUUUCUAUGGUCCUCUAUUGCCAGAUUGGAAGCAAAUGAACCUGUGGAUGUGUCAAGCUAUCAUCAGCCAAGCUCCUUUAAAAUUUUGCUUUGGCUUUGUGACUUCAAAUGUAUGAGUGCUGUAUAUAUCAGGAGCAGCUGUCUUAUUAAAAUAUCUCAUUUAACUAGAUUGACAGGUAUCUUCCACACAUACUGAACAUAUUUAAGAUUUGAGGGAUGUAAGAAGAAUAA